GUUUGGAUGAUCAGCUUGAAUGCUACGUGUCUUGGGCCGGACAGUUCUGAUAGUAAGAGCCCCUCUCUGAGAUGCGAACAGAGGUUAUAAUUAGCUACACUGGCUAAGAGGAUUUCUCCUCCCUGCAUUCCCGGUCUCCAAGCAGAGUCUGAUCCAGCAAGGGCAUUUAAAACCAACCUGCCUCUGAGAGAGAGAGAGACAAAGAGAAAGAGAAAGAGGGAGGGAAAGGAGGAAGGGGAGAGCUGGAGCGGUGUGUAUUCUAGCCAGCAGCAGCAUUGUUUUAUCGCAUCACUUUCAGGCAGUGAGAGCAGCGUACACCACCUGCCUACUCACGGCCUGGCUACAGCAGGCAGGGGCGCAAAUACAUACACAUACACACAAAGCAGAGCAUGAAAAGAGUGCCGAGUCUUCACGGGACAGCCAAACACGCCAUGGCCAGCCAGCAGGACUCGGGGUUCUUUGAAAUCAGCAUCAAGUCUCUGCUAAAGUCCUGGAGCAGCACCUCUCCUGGAUACAACAAGCCUCCUGUGGUUCCUGUGUACCACUCUCAAAGCGAGAAGGGCCCCGGGACCAUGAUGUCCAUCAACGUGGACCCCGAGAGCCGCCCUGGCGAGUAUGUCCUCAAGAGCCUGUUUGCCAACUUCGCCACACUUUCUGAGCGCAAGAUCCGGCUUGUCAUGGCCGAGCCACUGGAGAAGCCUUUAACUAAAUCGUUGCAGAGGGGUGAGGAUCCACAGUUUGACCAAUUGAUCAGCGCUAUGAGUUCUUUGGCAGAGUACUGCCUGCCCUCUAUCCUCCGCACGCUGUUCGACUGGUACAGGAGGCAGAAUGGAGUGGACGAUGAAUCCCAUGAGUACAGACCACGCUCCAGCACAAAGUCCAAAAAUGAUGAACAGCAGAGAGAUUAUCUACUGGAGAGGAGAGAUCUGGCCAUCGACUUCAUCUUCUCCCUUGUUCUUAUAGAAGUUCUCAAACAGAUGCCUCUCCACCCUGUUCUCGACACUUUGGUCCAGGAAGUCAUUGACUUGGCGUUUAAGCACUUUAAAUACAAAGAAGGGUACAACGGUCCUAACAUUGCCAAUAUGCACAUUGUAGCAGAUUUAUAUGCAGAAGUAAUAGGAGUCUUGGCUCAGGCAAAAUUCCCUGCUGUGAAGAAGAAGUUUCUGAGUGAGCUGAAGGAGCUCCGUCAGAAGGAGCAGAACCCCUGCGUGGUCCAGAGCACCAUCAGUCUCAUCAUGGGUCUGAAGUUCUUCAGGGUGAAGAUGUAUCCCGUCGAGGACUUUGAGGCAUCUUUUCAAUUCAUGCAGGAAUGUGCACAGUAUUUCCUGGAAGUGAAAGACAAAGAUAUCAAGCAGGCUCUGGCUGGUCUCUUCGUGGAGAUUUUGGUGCCUGUUGCAGCAGCUGUGAAGAAUGAAGUCAACGUUCCUUGUCUCAGGAACUUUGUGGAGAGUUUGUAUGAUACAACGCUGGAUCUGUCUACUAGGAAGAAACACUCUCUGGCUCUUUACCCACUCGUCACUUGUUUGCUAUGCGUCAGUCAGAAACAGUUCUUCCUCAACAGAUGGCAUGUCUUCCUCAGCAACUGUCUCUCAAACCUGAAGAGCAAAGACCCGAAGAUGGCCCGUGUAGCGCUGGAGUCUCUGUACCGUCUCCUCUGGGUGUACAUGAUCCGCAUCAAGUGUGAAAGCAACACUGCAACACAGGGACGUCUUAACAAUAUUGUCACUACGCUGUUCCCGAAAGGGUCUCGGAGUGUGGUCCCGAAAGACAUGCCUCUCAAUAUCUUCGUCAAGAUCAUUCAGUUUAUUGCACAGGAAAGGCUUGAUUUUGCCAUGAAAGAAGUCAUCUUUGACCUGCUGUGUGUUGGGAAGCCUGCAAAAGCUUUUAGUCUUAAUCCAGAGAGGAUGAAUAUUGGCCUGCGUGCAUUCCUGGUCAUCGCCGAUAAGCUGCAGCAGAAGGACGGAGAGCCACCGAUGCCCAACACGGGGGUCACGCUUCCAUCUGGGAACACGCUGCGAGUCAAAAAGACGUACCUGAGCAAAGCACUCACCGAGGAGGAGGCCAAACUUAUAGGAAUGUCUCUCUAUUAUUCCCAAGUUCGGAAAGCCAUAGACAACAUCCUGAGACAUUUGGAUAAAGAAGUGGGUCGCUGUAUGAUGCUUACUAAUGCACAGAUGCUUAAUAAGGAACCGGAGGACAUGAUCACAGGGGAGAGGAAGCCCAAGAUCGACCUGUUUAGGACGUGUGUAGCUGCCAUCCCUCGCAUCCUGCCUGAUGGCAUGACCAAGCCAGAGCUUGUCGACCUGCUAGCUCGGUUGACCAUCCACAUGGACGAUGAGCUGCGUCUGAUAGCCCAGAAUUCGCUGCAGAGUCUGCUGCUGGACUUUUCAGACUGGCGGGAGGAAGUGCUGCUGGGAUACAGCGGUUUCCUGCUGCGGGAGGUGCAGGACACGCAGCAGAGCCUUCUCCACUCCUCCAUCAAACUGCUCCUCCAGCUCCUCACGCAGUGGAGGCUCGCUCUCCUCACAUCCAGCAGGAGCACAGAGAACACCAACAUCUGCUCCGCCGAGUUAUUACAGGGUGUGUCAGGCUCCAGGCUCCGUGCUGACACUGCUCCUUUCUCGACGGUGUUGCGUGCUCUUGAGGGUCUCGCUCUCGUGCUGCUCUGCUCCUGUCACACUGCUACACGCAAACUAGCCGUGUCCGUGCUCCGAGAGCUCCGCCUCCUCCUGCUUACAGUCUCACACACUGAGGAUGAUGAGCGGCCCAUGCUGGACGUGCUGGACCAGGCGAGCCCGGUGGUGCUGGAGAGCUUCACACAUGUGCUGAGUGACUCUACGUCGAUUCCCUCAGGACACCAGGUUGACCUGCAGUGGUUAGUGGAGUGGAGCGGGAAUCUCCUCAGCAGUCAGUAUGAUGUGUGCAGCCCCUCGUCGGUGUGGGUGGUGGCACAAUGGGCUCGGGACCCCUGGGCUCUUUGCCUCUUCAGCCUGCUGAGACAGGAACAUCUGCCCAAGCAGUGUCCUACAGCGCUGAGCUACGCCUGGCCCUACGCCUUCACCCGCAUGCAGCUGCUCAUGCCUGUGAUCGAUCCCAGCAACCCAGCUAAUACUAAAAAGAUGAGUGCAGCAGGUUCAGGUGACAACUAUGUGGCUCUGUGGAGGAACUACCUGAUCCUGUGCUUCGGUGUGGCCAAGCCAAGCAUCAUGAGCCCUGGCCAUCUGCGAGCCUCCGCUCCAGAGAUCAUGACCCCUACUAGUGAGAACAGCAGCAGCCACGACUACAAGGUGGUGGGGACGCCCUCAGUAGCUUGGCUAUUAAAGCAGCUCGUUCCCUUGAUGCGUUCUGAGAGCAUCGAGAUCACCGAGGCACUGGUGCUGGGCUUCGGCCGCACAAAUUCACUCAUUUUCAGAGAACUGAUAGAAGAACUGCACCCUUUGAUGAAGGAAGCUCUGGAGAAGAGACCAGAGAAUAAGAAGCGGAGAGAGCGAAGGGAUCUGCUGAGGCUCCAACUGCUCAGGAUUUUUGAGCUGCUGGCUGAUUCUGGGGUUAUAAGUGACAGUACUAAUGGAGCACUGGAACGUGACACUCUGGCUCUUGGCGCUCUCUUUCUGGAGUAUGUGGAUCUGACCAGGAUGCUUUUGGAGGCUGAGAAUGACAAAGAUGUGGAGAUCCUCAGAGACAUCCGAUCCCACUUUAGCUCCAUGGUGGCCAACCUCAUACAGUGUGUCCCUGUGCACCAUCGACGCUUCCUGUUUCCCCAACAGAGCUUACGACAUCACCUCUUCAUCCUCUUCAGCCAAUGGGCCGGUCCUUUCAGCAUCAUGUUCACUCCCCUGGACCGCUACAGCGACCGGAACCAUCAAAUCACCCGAUAUCAGUAUUGUGCCCUGAAGGCCAUGUCGUCUGUGCUUUGUUGUGGCCCUGUGUUUGACAACGUGGGUCUCUCUCCAGACGGCUAUCUCUACAAGUGGCUGGAUAACAUCUUAGCCUGCCAGGAUCAGCGGGUUCAUCAGUUGGGUUGUGAGGUGGUGGUGCUCCUGCUGGAACUGAACCCAGAUCAGGCCAAUCUGUUCAACUGGGCCAUGGAUCGCUGCUACACCAGCUCAUACCAACUCGCCUCGGGCUGCUUCAAAGCCAUCGCCACUGUCUGUGGAAGCAGAAAUUACUCUUAUGACGUUGUAACCUUGCUGAACCUCAUCCUCUUCAAAGCAUCAAACAACAGCAGAGAGAUCUAUGAGAUUUCUAUGCAGUUAAUGCAGAUUCUGGAGUCUAAGCUGUGUGUGUACUCUAAGAGGAUAGUGGAUGAGAAGAGUAGUGGGAUUCUGUAUGGUACACACAGGCCUCUGCCGCCCCUCUACAGUCUCUCAGUGGGCCAGCUCUCUGCCCAGCUUGCCAGGAUGUACCCGGAACUUACCCUGCCCCUCUUCUCAGAGGUCAGUCAGAGGUUUCCCUCCACGCAUGCCAACGGGAGGCAGGUGAUGUUGACCUACUUGCUGCCGUGGCUCAGAAACAUCGAGCUGGUGGACGGAGGUCUUCUGCCUGUUACCUCCAGCCCCGCCCACCAAGUAGAGGAGAAGAGAAGGCGGGGUCACUGCAUAUCCCCACCCUCGUCACACCUCCAGGGUUCCGGUUGGGGUUCAGCACAAGCCACCUCACUCGUCCUCAACAACCUCAUGUUCAUGACCGCCAAGUAUGGUGAAGAUGUGCCGGGCCCAGAGAUGGAGCAAGCCUGGAACGCUGUGGUCUCUAAUGAGAAAUGGAGCAGUAACCUGCGUACAACCUUACAGUUCCUCAUCAGCCUGUGUGGCGUCAGCAGCGACACCCUUCUCCUACCACACAUUAAGAAGGUGGUGAUCUAUCUGUGUCGGAACAACACCACCCAGACAAUGGAAGAGCUGCUGUUUGAGCUCCAGCAGACUGACCCGGUCAAUCCCAUGGUGGUGCACUGCGACAAUCCCCCGUUUUACCGCUUCUCAGCCACCAGCAAAAUACCCACUGCCACUUCUGGUACGACAUCCAGCAGCAAUACAGUUAUCGCCAUCCAGGAAAACAUCUCUGACAAUGAUGACCCAAAAAUGGCAAAAGAAAGUGAGGACAGGCUCAAAAGUAUGAUGAGGGCUCAUAUCCGUCUGGAGUCUCGUUACAGCAAUAGCUCCGGAGGCUCGUACGAUGAGGAAAAGAAUGAGCCCCUCCCACCAUAUGCUGGUUGGCUGAUGAAUGUCCUGGAGACCAAUCAGCCACUGCCUUUGCCCAUGCCGGCUAACGGAGGUUGCUGGGCCCCCCUGGUCGAUUUCCUGCCUGAAACCGUGACCCUGCGUGGGCCGUUACACAGGUGUAAUAUAGCUGUGAUCUUCAUGACGGAGCUGGUGGUGGAUCACAGUGUGAAAGAGGACUGGAGUGUUCACCUGCCACUGCUGCUCCAUGCCUUCUUUCUGGGAAUGGACCACUGUCGGCCCGAGGUGUUCGAGCACUGUAAGCAUCUUCUCCUGCACUUGCUCCUCACGCUCUCCUGCAGCAGGAUUUUCCCCCUGGUCUCCUCCACACUGAUACACAGCAAAAGUCUUGGCACCCGACCCAACUACCAGACUGAGUUCUUCUACACAGGUGGUGUGGAUUUCCUGCGGGAUGCCCAGGCGUCUCCGGUGCCUGACUCUGGAUUAAGCUCCUCGUCUACAUCCUCGAGUCUGAGUCUGGGAAGCAGCAGCAGCAACCUCCCGCACUUCUCCACUGAGGAGUCAGAAACACUGGAGAGCAGCACUGACACUGAUGAGAAGAGCAGCAAGCUUGUGGAGUUCCUCAGCACACGGCCAUUUGGGCCAUUGUGGUGUCAUGAAGAUAUCAGCCCUAAAAACCAGCAUUCAAAAAGCACAGAGCAGCUCACCAACUUCCUGCAUCAUGUCGUUUCUGUCUUUAAAGAGUCCAAAUCAGGUGCAUGUUUGGAGCAACAGCUGAGUGACGUAGCUCUGCAGACAGCUCUAUGCAGCUCGUCCAGGCAUUACGCCGGCCGCUCCUUCCAGCUGUUCCGCGCUCUGAGGCAGCCGCUCUCGGCUCUGGCCGUGUCUGACCUGCUCUCUCGCCUCGUCGAGGUGGUGGGGGAACAUGGCGAGGAGGUGCAGGGUUAUGUCAUGGAGCUUCUCCUAACUCUCGAAUCUGUAGUGGACAACCUCGCCGAGUGCCUGAAGAACAAUGAUUUAAUGACUGUUCUUACAAGAGCUUCUUCUCCAGACCUUCCUGCUGAUGGGAAGCUCACAAUGAACAGAAAGAGCACCAGUCAGCUGGAUUUGGCCCCUGGCUCAGGAACUGCAUCCGAGCGAAUCCGCCAUCAGCGAAGCUACUCUGUGCCUAAGCGAUUUGGUGAGGCAGAGCGUUCCUCUGAUGUUCCUCGCAGUGCAACCCUGGACCGCCUCCAUGCCCAUGCCCAUCGGCGCCAGGGCAACCUGGCCAAGCUGCGUUCCCACUCCUCCACCUCCUGCACUGAUGAUGUACUCUCCAUCAACCCCACCAAUGCCAAUCAUCCCCGUAACCUCCUUGCCACCAUCUUCUGGGCAGCCGUGUCCCUCAUGGAGUCAGAUUUUGAGUUUGAGUACCAGAUGGCAUUGCGGUUGCUGGGUAAGCUGCUUGCCCAUGUCUCUCUGGAGAAGCAAGAUUACCGUGAAAAGCUGGAGAAGAUCCAGAGCCAGCUGAGGUGGAUUGGAUUCUCUGGGCUCCAGCAGCUUCUGCUCAAGGGCUUCACUUCGGCUUCCACCACUGAGCUCACGUUGCAGCUUUUCUCCCAGCUCACGCCCAUCUCCCGUCUGUCUGUAGUGGACACGACCCAGUCCAUAGGUUUUCCUUUGAACAUCCUCUGUCUCCUCCCUCACCUGGUCCAACACUUCGACUGUCCCACUCAGUUCUGUAAGGACGUGGCUGAGAGGAUAGCUCAGGUCUGCAUUGACGAGAAGAACUCAAAGCUGUCCAACCUGGCCCAUGUGAUGACCCUGUAUAAAACACAUUCAUACACACGUGACUGCCUGUCCUGGGUCAACGUGGUGUGUCGCUACCUGCACGAAGCCUUCAGUGAAAACACACUCUGCAUGGUGACCUACAUGGCUGAGUUGUUGGAGAAAGGCCUUCCCAGCAUGCAGCAGAGUCUCCUGCAGAUUAUCUACAGUCUGCUCACACACAUGGAGCUCAGUAGCAUCCAGGCCAAAAGCUUCAACACCGAUGUGCUCAACACCAUCGAGAAGUUUGUUCAGACGGCGCACUGGAAGGAAGCUUUGAACAUACUGAAGUUAGUUGUGUCUCGUUCUGCCAGUCUGGUUCUUCCCUCGUCUCCUUCCAGCAGCAGCGUCUCACAUGUGGACGUGAGUCGUGUGUGGGACGCGGCAUCCAAAGCACUGCCCGGGAAAACACUCGAUUUCCACUUUGACAUCUCAGAGACUCCGUUAAUUGGCCGGCGCUAUGACGAGCUGCACGGAUCUCCAGGUAGGGAUGACAAGGUUGGAGGAAUGGUGGUCGUGACCCGCAGCACCUCCUCCACUUCCUCUGGCUCCAACAACACCAACCACGUGCUGGUGCCUGUCAGCUGGAAACGACCCCAGUCAUCUCAGAAGAGAACGAGAGAGAAGCUGGUGAACGUGUUGACGCUGUGUGGACAGGAAGUGGGGCUGAGCAAAAACCCUUCAGUGAUCUUCUCGUCCUGCGGAGAGCUGGACCUGAUCGAUCACCAGCCCAGUCUGGUGUCUUCAGAGGACGGGACCCGGGAUCCAGACAACAUGGAUGACACAACCUCUGAACAGCAGUUCCGGGUCUUCCGUGACUUUGACUUCUUGGACGUGGAGCUGGAGGAUGGAGAGGGGGAGACGGUGGACAGUUUUAACUGGGGGGCAAGGAGGCGCUCUAUAGACAGCCUGGACCGUGUGGAACAACGCAUCCAAGAGGAAGAUGAGAGUCAACAGUCAGGCAGCUCACCCAGCCUCAGACCCACCAUCUGCCAUGACUCAGACGAGUCCUCUGAGGAAGAUUCUCUUACUGUCAGCCAGAUCCUGGCCUCCUCACAGCUCAAUGUCAUGAUGUCCCCCACUGAGAAGGUGAACCACAUGGACUCACUUCCUUCCUCACUGGAACCUGUGCCGGCCACCCCCCUCCCUCUGACCCCAUCACUGCCUGGUCUUCACGCCUCUACGCCUGAGGACUCGACCCCACGGACUGAGCUGUCAGCAGAGGACGAAGACACAAGCCUCCAUGAGGAUGACAUCUCCCUCUCCAUUACUGAGCUUCCCAGUGGCUUUGACAGUGUGUCUCUGGAUGCUCACGGGGAGGAAAAGGAAGAUAUGGGGCCCAGCUGUCCACCCAGUCGCUUUGGGGAUCAGCACAGUCCUGGAGCGAUGGCUGAAGAUGACAGAGAGGACCUCCUGCUUGACUCUCGUUCCUCCUCUCCCCCGCCGUCUCCCUUCUUCUCAGCCAUCCUGGCUGCCUUCCAGCCGGUGGUGUGCGAUGACGCUGAGGAGGCCUGGCGCUGCCACCUUAACCAGCUAGUGGCCGACACUGACGGCUCCUGCGCUGUCUACACCUUCCACGUCUUUUCUUCACUUUUCCAAAGUAUCCAGACCAAGUUCUGUGCCUUGACUUGUGACGCUGCUGGCUUCCUCGGCGAUGGACUUCGUGGAAUAGGAGCAAAGUUCGUCAGGUCGUCGCAGAUGUUAACGUCGUGCUUUAAGUGCCCCACUCUGUUUAUAGAUGCUGAUACAAUCGUCUCCUACGGACUGCUGGAGAAAAUGAAGUUCAGUGUGCUGGAGCUCCAGGAAUACCUGGACACCUACAACAACAGGAAGGAAGCAGCCAUCUCAUGGCUGCGGAACUGCAAGGCUACUUUUCCGAAAGGCUCAGGAGACGGGAUUAUCACACACCAGACUUCCGAGAUUGAAGAGAAGCAACUGGAGCUGUGUCAAAGACUGUACAAACUCCACUUUCAACUGCUCCUGCUUUUUCAGUCUUACUGUAAACUGAUCAGUGAAGUCUACACUAUCAGCUCUGUUCCAGAGCUGGUAAACAUGUCCAAGGAGCUGAAUGAGCUAAAGAAUAAACUGCGAGCAGCAGCAGCUUCGGUUGCAGGAGAGCAGGCAGCGCAAGAUACUAACACAUCCACUGAUCCCUCCUUCAGCUCGUCUGAGGCGGCGGUGCAGGCCAUCCUGGAGAGCCUGAGGAACAACGAGUUCUCCACAGCCAUCCGCUACAUUCAGGAGUGCAGGAGGCUGUGGCCGAGCGACAUCUUCGGCAGCAGCUCGGAGAACGAAACCCAGACUCUGCUGAGCAUCUACUUCCGGCAUCAGACGCUGGGACAGACGGGCACGUUCGCCCUGGUGGGCUGCAAGCAAGACUUGUCCGAGGCCUGCUCACGUCUCACCGAGCUUAACCGCGAGAUCAGGGACAUGAUCCGGCGGGCGCAAGGCUACAGCGCCAUCACGGCCUUCCUGCCCGACUCCAGUGUCACUGGGAUCAGCCUCUGAGGUGCUGCUUUUCCACUGGAGAUCCACAGACGCUGCUGAAUUUACUGUCAUCCAUCCGUGUGGGACUGGAUAUGUGUGACAAUCUGUUCUAGGGUUAGUUAAAAAAACAACUCCUUAGCCUUGAGUAUUGCACUAAAACUAGUACAUAUGAUGUCACAGGGUCAUGUUUUUCUGCCACUGGCGAAACCAAAGCUUCCUGAAUGCCAGGCUCACGUCUACCAUUGUAAAGGUUAAGGGAAAAUGUGCAAUGCUUUAAAAAGACUUACUGUAUCUUUGAAAGAAUGUUUUGUUUUUUAUACUGUAUUCAGGCUACUUGAAUACUGUAGCAGGAAUGAUGGAAUGAUGCUGUAUUUUUUCUUCUUCCUGAUUAAUCAUUAAUGAAGAUGAUUUUGUGCUCAUAUGAGGAAAAUGACCAUUAAGCACCUCGGUAUAAUGACUACACACACACACACAUAUACCAACUCAGAGCUAUGUUGCUGCAGUGCUACUGUCUGAAUGACCUGGAUGCUUAGAAAAGUCAUCCACUACUUAAUGAAGAUCAGAUUUUUUUUUUUUUUUUUUUUUUUCGCUUUCUACUGUUGCAUAUAGGAGAUUUAUUUAUAUUCCCAAUACAUCCACACGCUUUGGAUGGUAUAGUUUUAUAGAAGGAAACAUGGCCAAGCAUGCAAAUGUAUGUACCAUAAGAAGAGAAUAGAGAUAUUUAUGAACAUAAGAAACUAUUUUAAAUCAAGGUUGCGUUUGUACAUAAUAGUAUGUCUGAGUGAAGCGUGCUUGUAACUUUUUCUCUUUUUUUCUGCUAUUUUAUUCAUCUUUUUUUGUUGUUUGACUCUGCAGACCUGUGUGCUCCGAAAGGGAUGACGCAGACAUGCUAUGCUUUGAGAGAUGUGUUUAACCUGUAAAUACUGUUCUUGUGCUUUGCGUUGUGUUCUUUGAAGCUCUGGUGCAGAAUAAACGUGAUGAAUAAAAUGUCAGUACACUCCA